GAGCAUGGUAUUCCAGUAGAUCAGGGAUAUGCCGUGGCACCUCAUCAUUCUGGUGUGUAUCCAGUCCAUAUUCAGCUUUAUGGCUGGAAGAAAGCAUGGGGCAUACGAAUGACCAGCACUGAGGAAUACCCACACCUCAAACCUGCACGCCACCGCAAGGGAUUCAUUCAUAACGACAUCAUGGUGUUGCCCCGUCAGACAUGCGGCUUAUUCACACACACCAUCUUCUAUAAAGAGUAUCCAGGAGGCCCUAAAGAACUGGACAAAAGCAUACGAGGAGGAGAGCUGUUUCUGACCGUCCUGCUCAACCCUAUCAGUAUAUUUAUGACCCAUCUUUCCAACUAUGGGAACGACCGCUUGGGAUUGUAUACGUUCACUAAUCUGGCGAACUUCCUGAAAUGCUGGACCAACCUGAAGCUGCACACACUUCCUCCCCUGCAGCUCGCGCACAAGUACUUCACACUCUUCCCAGAGCAGAGAAACCCACUCUGGCAGAACCCAUGUGAUGAUAAACGGCAUAAGGACAUCUGGUCCAAAGAGAAGACCUGCGACAGGCUGCCCAAGUUCAUGGUGGUCGGGCCUCAGAAAACAGGCACAACGGCGCUCUACCUCUUCCUGAUCAUGCAUCCCUUCAUCUCCAGCAACUUUCCAAGUGUGAAAACAUUCGAAGAAGUUCAGUUUUUCAACACCAACAACUACCACAAAGGCAUCGACUGGUACAUGGAGUUUUUUCCUGUACCCUCUAAUGUCAGCACAGAUUUCCUGUUUGAGAAGAGUGCAAACUACUUUUCUUCAGAGGAGACGCCCAAACGAGCUGCCGCUCUCUUGCCUAAAGCCAAAAUCCUGACUCUGCUGAUCAACCCUUCAGACAGGGCAUACAGCUGGUAUCAGCAUCAGAGAGCUCACGAAGAGCCGGCAGCACUGCAGUUCAGUUUCUAUGAGGUGAUCUCAGCAGACCAGCUGUCUCCACCUGAACUGCGCUCUCUCCAGAACCGCUGUCUCGUACCUGGACUCUACGCCACACACCUGGAGAGAUGGCUCACAUACUACCCUCCAAACCAGCUAAUGAUAAUUGAUGGACAGCAGCUGAGGAAUGACCCAGCUAAAGUACUGGACGAGCUUCAGAAAUUUCUGGGUGUUACUCCCUAUUACAACUACUCCCAGGCACUCACGUUUGAUCCUCAGAAGGGCUUUUGGUGUCAGCUGUUGGAAGGGGGCAGGACUAAGUGUUUGGGGAAGAGCAAGGGCCGCAAAUACCCGCCCAUGGACUCUGAGUCACGAGUGUUUCUCUCCAGAUUCUACAGGGAUCAGAACAUUGAAUUAUCUAAGCUGCUGCACAGACUGGGUCAGCCGCUACCAGCCUGGCUCAGAGAGGAACUACAGAAGGUCAGGUAGCCCUAACCAAACCACCGCUCCUCUGGGUCAAAGAUCCGGAUUCAGCCCUCAAUGGAAACUGGAAACUAGAAACUUGAACAGUACUCAAUGCCACCUACCUGCAAGCUUGCGGAGCAAAGGUCAAAAAUUCAGCUCACCGUUUAUUGGUGCCUCUGGAAAUCCAAACAAAGCAGUAUGAUGUUUCCAUGGCAGCAUGAAAAUUCUGUUACAGAAGGUCAGAUUUUUUUUUUUUUUUCGGUGAGGUAACCGUGACCCUUGAACUUCAGAUGCAGCUAACGAAAGACUGCAUGAAAACUGUAACUGAAAAAAAAAAAAGUAAAUGUCCACAAACUUCCUCCUAUAUAUACUGUACGCUCCCCAAUCAGACACUGGAUAUAAAGGUACGGCUUUAGAUUUUAUACGUCGUUACAGAGAGAUUUAGAACUGCACAACCACUGUUCAUAACCUCACUCUUGCAAAUAUAUCAGUCAAUCAAUAUAUCAGUGAAGAUGCAAAAUGAAUAUGGAGAAAUAAAGAGCACAGUCAAUUUUUUUUUUUUUUUUUUUGCGUCAGCUUUCAAUGGAGUGAUGUCAUUGUGAUGUCAAUGUUUCAGUCCACGUCCCAAUUACUGUUGUUCUAGACACACUGGCAUGAAGAGCCAGAAUCAUUUCAGUCUGUGUGUGUGUGUGUGUGUGUGUGUGUGUGUGUGUGUGUGUGUGUGUGUGUGUGUGUGUGUAAGCCCUUGUGUGAGUGUGUGUCUAGGCAUAUGUAUGUAGCCAGGUAGCCUUAGCCCCGCCCACUGCACUGCAACUGGUUGGCUGAUGGAUUUGAAGUGUGACUUUUAUUUUUGAAAACAAUUUGCCUCAAUAAGGUAAGAAAGUGCUUUGUGAAAUAUGUAAAUAACUAUAUAUAUUCAAUAAACACUGGAGAGAGACAUGUUUCCG